AUGUCCUCACCCAACAACCCCACAGAAAUGGUUAUUACAACAGAACCUCAAAAACAACAAAACGGGGCAGUUAAUAAUGAAAAGGAAAAUGAAACUGCUGCAACUAAUGAACAAGAGCUUAUAUUUCGAAGAGAGGAUGACUGGACGGAAGAUGAGAUAAGUAAAUGGUGUCCAAAUGAAUAUGAAAGAAAUUUAGUAAAUCUUACGUGGAGUGACGAUUUUGAUUUUCUUUAUGAAUUGGGGACUACUAUUUAUACGUAUAUUUUCGACCACAACCCUCAAGCCAAGCUUCUCUUUGUCAAAAUUCACCGUCACGGAGAUGAUUGGAGGCAAAGUGCUGAUUUCCGUACUCAAGCACUUAAAUUUGUCCAAACAAUUUCGUAUGCAGCAAAAAACCUUUAUCAUAUGGAGGAUUGUCUUCAAAUGAGACUUUUUGAAAUUGGGGAAAAUCAUGUAAAAUAUGCCAGUAGAGGUUUUAAACCUGAAUAUUGGGAUAUUUUCCUUGUAAGGAAUUCUGAUUUAAUUAAAUUAUGA